AUGAAGCCAACAUUCGCGAUUCCUCUUGCUUUGGCAAGCCACGCGGCAUCUGCCGUGGUCGGCCGUGACGCACCUUCUAUUGACUAUAACUCGGCGCCGCCAAACCUGUCUACAUUGGCGAAUCAUACAUUGUUUAAUACGUGGAGACCCAAAGCUCAUGCGCUUCCUCCAUCGGGAAAGAUUGGCGAUCCAUGCAUGCAAUACACCGAUCCUAAGACUGGACUCUUCCACGUCGGUUGGCUGCAUGAUGGCAUUUCAGGUGCUACUACGGAUGAUCUCGCCACAUACAAAGAUGUCAACCCUGAUGGAAACCCGUCAAUCAUUGCCGGUGGCAAGAAUGAUCCCCUUGCUGUCUUCGAUGGCUCUGUGAUCCCCAAUGGAAUCGAUGGCAUGCCCACUCUUCUCUACACAUCUGUGUCAUACCUUCCUAUCCAUUGGUCUAUUCCCUACACUCGAGGCAGCGAGACCCAGUCCCUUGCUGUCUCAUAUGACGGUGGUCACAACUUCACCAAGCUCGAUCAAGGCCCCGUCAUCCCUAACCCUCCAUUUGCCGUUAAUGUCACUGCUUUCCGUGACCCUUACGUCUUCCAAAACUCCGCUCUGGAUGCCAGCAUCAACAGCACCAAGGGUACAUGGUACACUGCAAUCUCCGGUGGUGUUCAUGACGUCGGACCUUGCCAGUUCCUUUACCGUCAGCACGACUCUGACUUCCAGUACUGGGAAUAUCUUGGCCAGUGGUGGAGUGAGCCCGUCAACUCGACCUGGGGCAAUGGUGAUUGGGCCGGUGGCUGGGGCUUCAACUUCGAAGUUGGCAACGUCGUCACCCUGGACAAGGAUGGAUAUAGCGAGACUGGCGAGGUCUUCGUCACUCUCGGAACAGAGGGCUCGCUGGCCCCCAUCACUCCUCAAGUGAGCUCAAUUCAUGACAUGUUGUGGGUCGCUGGAAAUGUCACGAACAACGGCUCGGUCGCCUUCAACCCAACCAUGGCCGGUUUCCUUGACUGGGGUCUUUCAGGCUACGCCGCCGCCGGAAAGAUCUUGCCCGCAAGCUCCCAAGCAUCCAAGAAGAGCGGUGCUCCCGAUCGUUUCAUCUCCUAUGUCUGGCUCACCGGAGAUGAGUUCGAGCUUGCAAAGACCUUCCCAACUUCCCAGCAAAACUGGACCGGAACCAUGAUGUUCCCGCGUGAGUUGAAUGUCCGCACUAUUCCUGGUGUCGUUGACAACGAACUUGCUCGCGAGGCCCCAUCCUCCUGGCGCGUCGCUCGCGAGAGCUCCGGUCAAGUCGAUCUCGAGACCAUGGGAAUCUCGAUCGCCAGAGAGACCUACAGUGCCCUGACAUCCGGUGAAUCAUCUUCCGAAGCGGGUCGCACCAUCUCCGAAGCCGGGUCUGUGGCCUUCGACAACGCCCCAUCCAGCAAGUACUUCGUCUUGACCGCGAACAUCUCCUUCCCAAGCUCCGCCCGUGACUCCGGCCUCCAAUCCGGUUUCAAGAUCUUGUCGUCGGAUCUCGAGUCAACUAGUAUCUACUACCAAUUCUCCAAUGAGUCUAUUAUCGUGGACCGCACCAACACAAGCGCCGCUUCGAAGACCACUGCCGGAAUCACCAGCGAGAAUGAGGCCGGUCGUCUGCGUCUGUUUGACGUUCUGCGGGACGGAAAGGAGCAGAUCGAAACUUUGGAGCUCACCGUCGUUUUGGAUAACGGUGUUCUUGAGGUUUAUGCCAAUGGACGGUUUGCACUCGGCACUUGGGCUCGCUCUUGGUACACCAACUCCACUGGUAUUAGCUUCAUCCACAAUGGCGUUGGUGAGGCAACUUUCAGCGACGUGACGAUCUUCGAGGGAUUGUAUGAUGCUUGGCCUCAGCGGGAUUAG